AUGCCCUCGAGGCUCGCGCCCGCGUGCACCACGGUCGCGGCGUUCGGGCCGAGCCACGACCCGUGCUACGUCAUGGCGCUCGCGCCGAGGUCCGUCCGCGCGCGUUUAGUUAGGGUCCCUCCCCACGUCCCACCCACCCUUCGAUCUGCGCGCGUCGAUCGAUCUCUGGCGCCGACGCGCCUCCUCCCUCCUCCUCCCUCUCCCCUCCCCCGCCGCAGCCCCGACGGCGCGCACCUCGCGGCGUCGCUCUCCACGAACGCGGUGAAGAUCUACGCGCGCGGGGACGCCCCGAGCGGCGGCGAUUUCGGCGGCGGAGGCGGCGGCGGAGGCCAUCUCGGCACGGCGCGUUUAUAUUUACACUGGUCCCCAUACGACCGCGUCGGCGUGGUGAACGCCCUGCGCGCGGUCACGGAGCUCUCCGCGCACGAUGGCGCGGUCACGGAUUGCGCGUUCCCGAUCCCGUCGGAGCCGUGGACGGUGCUCACGUCCAGCGCGGACGCGACGAUUCGCGCGUGGGACCUGCGGCAGGGCGGCGAGAGGCCGUGCGCGUCGUACGUCGCGCCGUUCGCGACGCGCGCGACGGGUGGAUUCGCGACGGCGACGGCGGGGGGCGGUGCGUUCGAUGCAAUCGACUUUUUUCUCUCCCGAUGCGACCUUACGGCGAGGGACCGCCGCACGCGCGAGGGUCUCCGCGCCUUUGAAGACGCGCACAGCGAGGACGUCACGCGCGUGCGGUUCCAGCCGACGCGACGGAACCGGCUGUUCACCGCGUCCGUGGACGGCCUCGCGUGCGUCUUCGACGUCGGCGGGUGCCCCGCGGACGUCGACGACGAAGACGGACUCCUGUGCGUGAUGACGACGGAUUGCUCCAUCGUCGAGCUCGGGUUUUGCGGCGGACGCGAGGCCGCCGGGUCGAACGACGCCGAUUCCAUCGCGUGGGUGCUCACCGGGAACGAGGACGCGUGGGCGUUCGACGCCGGCGCGGACCUCGAGACGCUCGGGUCCACGCUCGCGCACGUCCCGAACACGAGAGCGGCGGCGUUUUCGGCGGCGGCUCAAGGCGCGUUCUACCUCACACCGGUCCCCAUGCGACCGCGUUGGCGUGGCGCUUCGAGCGACGCGACCGCGUCGUCGUCGUUUUCGCGCGGCGUCGAUUACCUCUUGGGCUGCUUUCGCGUGAGGCCCGGCGAGGGAGAGGGAGACGGCGCGUCGUCCGUCGUCGUCGCCGCGGGGACGCAGGACGGCGCGGUCGGACUGUUCCCGAUCGUUCCCCCGCGCGACGGCUCCGGGGACGUCGCCAGGUGCGAGCUCGCGGCGCCGACGCGCGUGCUGGACGGCGGGCACGCGGACAUAGGCGCGUUUUAUUCAUCUCACACCGGUCCCCGUACGAUCCCGUUCGCGCAGUGAACGCCGAUCCUUAAGGACUUUUCUUCCCGGCGUUGGGUCGUCUCUCUCCGCCCAUUCAUUCCUCGCGUCCUGUUCUGACCGACCCUACGCGCGCGUUGUUUUUUUUUCACCCGGCGUCCCUCUGCUCGGUUUCAACACACACUCGAUCGCGUCGGUCGGUCCCUUCUUGAUCGAUGCUGACCGAUGAACGCGUGUAUUCGUAUUUUCGCACCACGGAUCGGCCCGAUGACACAGUUCGCGCGUGCGUCUUGUGGGACUGGGACGCCGACGCCGCCGCGCCGGCGACGGGCGGGGAGGAUUCCAGGGUCGUGCUCUGGGGCGCGGCGGGGGGCGCGGGGGGUGGGGAUGGGUCGAGCGGCGGCGGGAAGGCGGCGAGGAGCGAGAGCGCGGAGACGGAAUACCACGACCGCGGGCGGCGGCGUCACAGUCCGUAUUAGCGAUGAUGAGCGCGAUGCCGUUCUCGCGCGUAGAUUGAAUCGCGUUCGUUCUCGGCUG